GCUUCCUCCCACUCCAGGCUGAGCAGGAAGCGAGUAGAGUCCAGUGAAAGUGAGCGAACUACCAAAACAAACUGACAUUAUUGAGUCACUCUCAGUAUCCUUGCUGCUAACGGUUCCCACAAUCAUCAUGGACGGUCUGCCGACGCCUCUGCGGUGCUUCAGUGAACAGCACGCUGGAGAAAUGCUGGCGGACGACGGAGUGGAGACGGUGACUUCAGUGGAGCAGAAAAAAGUAGAACACAGCAUUGAAGAAAUCAUCAGUGUUUACAAGCAAAUACACAGCCUACCACAGCCAACAUUGUUGCGGGAACAACACUACCAAUAUCUCAAGAAGGGCUUACGUCACUUAUCAGAUGCGUAUGAGUGUCUGGAUGCUAGCAGACCGUGGCUUUGCUUCUGGAUUCUUCACAGUCUGGAGUUACUAGAGGAGCCUAUUCCUGCUGCUGUCGCCUCAGAUGUGUGUCAGUUUCUUGCUCGCUGUCAAAGCCCAACAGGGGGUUUCGCUGGGGGACCAGGGCAACACGCCCACCUCGCUCCCACCUACGCUGCUGUCAACGCCCUCUGCAUCAUUGGCACAGAGGAGGCCUAUAAUGUCAUAGACCGGGAGAAGCUGUUAGAUUUCCUAUGGUCAGUGAAGCAGCCAGAUGGCUCCUUUGUGAUGCACGUUGGAGGGGAGGUGGAUGUCAGGAGUGCAUAUUGUGCAGCGUCUGUAGCAUCGCUCACAAACAUCCUCACAUCUAAGCUGUUUGAGGACACGACCAACUGGAUCCUCAGGUGUCAGAACUGGGAGGGAGGUCUGAGUGGAGUACCGGGUUUGGAGGCACAUGGUGGUUACACUUUCUGUGGCACAGCCGCCCUCGUCAUCCUGGGCAAAGAACACAUGCUGGAUCUCAAAGCCUUGCUGCGGUGGGUGGUCAGCAGACAGAUGCGAUUCGAGGGAGGUUUCCAAGGCCGCUGUAAUAAACUUGUGGACGGCUGCUACUCUUUCUGGCAAGCUGGACUCUUGCCUCUACUACACAGAGCCUUAUUCAAAGAAGGAGAGUCGGAGCUGAGUCGGCAGCGGUGGAUGUUUGAGCAACAGGCCUUGCAGGAGUACAUCCUCCUGUGCUGUCAGAACCCAACAGGAGGCCUUUUGGAUAAGCCUGGCAAAUCCAGAGACUUCUACCACACGUGUUACUGCCUGAGCGGCCUCUCCAUAGCACAGCACUUUGGAAACAUGGACCUCCACCAUGAGAUGAUCCUCGGCAGGGAGGAGAACAGAUUGGCUCCAACUCAUCCGGUUUACAACAUUUGUCCAGAGAAGGUGGCUCAGGCCGUGCAGCACUUCCUUCAGCUGCCCGUGCCCGACGACAACAGGCAGCCAGGGGCGGCUGCUGACAGGCUGGCCGAGCCCACCGCUGCCUCUACAUCAGCUCCCUUUCAGUCCUAGUUAGCCCUCAGCGACGUGUCACUGUGUGUGAAUCGUCCGACUCUGGGGAUCGGACUCGAGCCAGAAAACGGCGGUCAGGUCUGAUGUGGACAAGCCCAAGAAGCGGCAGGACGGUGGACCCUCGGCGGAGACGGGGGCUGGAGUUUAGGAGGAGUUUGCUUGAGUAAAGGUCAACAGUUAUGUGUGGGCAGCUUCACAUUCGGCUGAAUUUUUGCUUGCUAUUGUUUGUAACCUCUGAAAUAAAAGUGGAAAUUUCUAAGGUUUCAGUAUGACCCACAGUAAUAAAACUUUAUAUAGCUCUUCUCAUAA